CAACCGCUGAUAGGCGGAAAAGUUUGCUUGGAUCAAAUCAAAAUAAUCGAAUCUGAUUCCGCGAUUUUAGCGAAUUUUAACUUUUUACAUCGCGCUUUCUUGGCGUUCAGCGGCGUAUAAUUUUUAUUUUUUUAUUUUUGAGCUAAAGUUUUGGGGUAGGGUAGACGGUAGACCAAAGCACUGCACUGCAGACCAAAAAGCAGACUUAUGCCAAUCACGUGACGAUGCAGAACUUUUGGAGGUAUGGUUGUUUUCAUUAUGCGUUUGCCCUCAAUAAAUUGCAAAGCAGGACAACUUCGACUGUCAGCACCCCAAAGCCUUUUGAAGAAAUCCCAUCUCCAAAAGCAUUGCCGAUUUUCGGACAUCUUCAUCUGUUUUCGAAGUUUGGCCCAUACCGUCUGGAACACCUGUACGACGCGUAUCAGGAUCUCCACAAUAAGCUUGGCCCUAUAUUUCGCUUGAAUCUUGGCACGUCAACUGUGUUCCUUUUUGAGCCCGAGGACAUAAGGACAAUGUUCCGACACGAAGGGGAUAUUCCCAAACGACCAGUCUUCGAAGCCCUCGCAGAAUACAGAAGAUCCAGGCCGAAUUAUUACAAAGAUGCUGGACUAAGUACGGACAAUAAUGAAGCCUGGCAAAGACUACGACAGAAAGUCAAUUGGAUGAUGCAUCAAAAUGCAGCAGAGAUGUUCAUUAAGGAGCAAGACCUGAUAGCGCAGGACUUUGUCGGCACUAUCAAGAAAAGAAGGGAUAAACAUGGCGAGAUCAAGAAUUUCCUGGAUGAUAUUUAUAGAUACACUGAGGAAGCCAUUGGAUGGGUGUGCUUUGGUAAACGGUUGGGACUGCUGCAGCAAGAAUUAGAACGCUCAAAGCUUCACGAGUUCACCAUGAAAUAUCUGGAUGCUUUGGCAAAGACUUUGCUCGGAUUCCCAUGGUGGAAAGCCUUUAGGACGGCUGCGUACAGAGACAUCGAAGCUACGCAAGACUUUUUUGCAAGCUAUAUUCAGCAAGAGCUGAGCAAAAUUGAGGAACAGCCAAAUUUAUUCCAUCAGCUAACGUCUAAGGAGCCUGGUACAGAUAGGAAAGACAUUGGACUUCUGAUGACAGAAAUCUACAUAGCCGGUAUAGACACGACAGGCAAUAGCAUAGGGUUUCUCCUCUAUCAUUUGGCCAGGAAUUUGAAUGUCCAAGAAAAACUCCACCAAGAAGUAGCGUCGUACAAGGAUGAGCCACUCACACCUGAAGUGUUGCGCACCUUCAGAUACCUCAGGGCAUGCGUGAAGGAAAGCUACAGGCUCUCUCCUACAUCCGGCGGCAAUGCUCGCAUCCUGGCGAAGGAUGCAAUCCUUUCGGGAUACCGUGUUCCUGCUGGGACUCUUUGCAUUGGCAUUAACCCAGUCAUCUGCCAGCAAGAAAAGUUUUUCGCUGAUCCGAUGAAGUUUGAUCCCGAUCGUUGGACCAGGUCGUCUGACCAGAAAAGAAACGUGGCUCACCCCUUCUGCGUUCUGCCGUUUGGUCACGGUUUACGGAGGUGUGUUGGACAACGGUUUGCGGAGCAAGAGAUUCAACUGGCCGUGGCCAAGAUCAUUCAGAAUUUUCGAGUUGAGUAUCAUCAUGAAGACAUUGGAGUAGUCAUGAAAUUGUUGCUGCACAUGGACAAGCCAUUGACACUCACAUUCAAGUCCAGAUAGACAUAUGAUGGCUCGGCCCACUUCCAAGACUACAUAAUUGGUUGCAAUUUACUCCUGGUUCUCACAGUGUCUUGGUUUUUACUUAAGUAAAUGACUUUAAAAUUAUUUGCUUGUC